ACGGGGGAUGAGAAGAGAGGAGAAGCAAUCUCCUAGCAAUCCUCCCUAGCUCUCUGGCCCCGCUCCCCGGCAGCUCGGAAGCUGCUCCGACGGCAGACUCAAGAGCGCGUGCCGCCUCUCUUGCCAAGAGGGAGGGCCAGGGAAGAGAUCCGCCUCCUGGCCCGCCCCAGGAACAGGAAGGCGAGAAGCCGGGGUGGGCCUUUUUCCCUCUUCCUUCGCGGCGCCACCAGCGAAGGAGCGUUCGCUGGGCAGUUCCCAGCCCAAAGCAGGGGUCGCCCGACGGAGCCCGCACCCCGCAGCUGCGCGCUGCCUGCACCGGCCCUAAAGAAGUCGCAUCCAGGAAGCAGCGCCCUCGACGCUCCCUCCGUGCUUAGCAGGAUGGACCUGAACGGGCUUCUUCUGGACGAGGAGGGCGCUUUCUCCCUGAGCGGUUUCCAGGAGUUCACGUUUCUUCCCAGGCACCAGCAGCUGAGUGAUCGGGUACGUAAGCGGCUUUACUAUGGUUGGGAUAAAGAAAAUGCCCUUGAUAACCUUUCAAGUCCUGUUGCAGACAUUGCUGUUGAAUUACUCCAGAAAGCUGCUCCCAGUCCCAUUCGCAGGCUCCAAAAAAAAUAUGUAUCUCACGUCUCCCGGGAGGCUUGCAUCUCCCCCUGCUCCAUGAUGUUGGCUCUGGUUUACAUUGAGAGGCUUCGGCACCGCAAUCCUGAAUACCUGCAGCAGAUCUCAUCCUCUGACCUCUUCUUGAUCUCUAUGAUGGUUGCCAGCAAGUACCUAUACGAUGAAGGGGAAGAGGAAGAGGUCUUCAAUGAUGAGUGGGGUGCUGCAGGCAAGGUGGACAUACAGACCAUGAAUACGCUGGAGAUGAAUUUCCUCAGUGCCAUUGACUGGAGCCUUUAUACAGAUCCCAAGGAACUUUUUGAAGUGCUCAGCUGGCUGGAGGGAUGUGUGGCUGAGAAGCAGGGCAUUCGACGUGGCUGGUUCACCUAUACAGACCUCUGUGUCUUAAUGGAACAAACACUAUGGCAGCAGGCAUGGGAUCAGUUCUACCAGCAAGUAGCCAAGCUGGCUUGCAUUCUUGGUGUGGUAUACCUGACAGGCAUUGCUGCUGUCCUUGCCUCUGCUGCUGUGGUACAUCACACAGUACAUGUAAAGAGGAUCAGUCCUACAGAGUUUGCCAGUAGGGCUGCCCUAGCUCCUUGCCUGCCUCUCCUCUCUUCAGUUGAACAUCUGGAUCGUGGCUUGGUGCUGCCAAACAGCUCUCUAUGCCCAGGAGCAGAGAACAGAACCUUGCAAGAUGGACAGAAGCUUCCAGGGAGCAGCGGCGUUAUGGCUACAGCAUUCUACCUGUGGGGCAGGGUCCUUAUUGCCUUGUCUUAUCCACCACCAGCCCCAAUCAGUCCCUCACUUUGCCCACACUGCAGUCAACCCAGCACCUGCAUGGCAGCCAAUCACACAGCUGGCACCCAGCCCACUACACAGCCAACUCCCACUGGACUUGUCCACUGCACCAGCUGCUCAUGCUUGGGCUGGCACCUCCGUGUGUCCCCUAGUGGCAAAGACUGGCCUGAACCUCUGGGGCUUCAGCAGUGUCCCUCGCAGGCUGCCUUGGAGCUUGGAAGGAUCAAAGCCUUCAUGUUUCCUAGCUAGGGCUGGAGGGAGGGGGCAUAGUUUAGCCUUGGAUGGGCAGGGUCUGGGGCACUUCAAUGGGAAAGGUAUAAAGCAGGAAAGUCUGGGAGUGGAAGAGGAGAUAUUUAUUUGCCUUUAUCCCAGUAGAUGUCGACUCCCCUUCCUGGGUACAACCUCCAGCACUUCCCUGCCCCCAAGUUUACAGCUUUGCUUAAGGGCCACAGGCUAGAAGAAUGCAUCCCAUAUUAGGAGCAUAAAGCUGGGGUAAGAUGAAGACUGAAACAGUGAGGCCCUCCUUGGUCUUUUCUAACCCUUCUUCCAUUUAUGUGGAGCCAGUUAUUUGCCAUGGAGGCCUGCUGAAGCCUUUCCUCAAUAGGUAGCACUUGAGGGUAAAUUCACACAAUGGGGCUGCUAGCAUCAGGCAUUAUGAAUUGGACUUCUGACUUGGCACUACUUGUGGUCAUUUUGCCUGAGGCAGUAAGAAGUAAUGAUCUGUGGUGACUUGCUACCACGGUGACAAAUGCUAGCAAUUUUAUACAUUCAGGCAAUUAUAACUGUCUUUACCACACAGUUAACAUGAUGUGUGAACUUGCUCAUUGGCCUGAGCCUGUCCUUUUGCUCCCUAUCGGGAAGACAAGUAUUGCUUGCUGUCAAUGUGGUCAACCAUUUCUAAAAGUCAUACCAGACCAACCUACUGUGGCUUUCUUCAGUCUUAAUGCUGGGAAAUGGUGCUGAUCAUUAAGGAGGCCCAGGACCUGUUACAUAAGGCUAAUUCAGUGCUUUGUUGCCCCUGCCCCUCAUUGGUGAGUGCCUGACUGCCCCCUCUUGUUCUCAGGGUGGGGAAGGGGUAGAGGGAUGGCACCCACUCUCUACCCUGUGUUCUUGCCAGCAUUUUUUGCUGUAGUUUUUUCACAAUUUCUUGUAGAUGGGAUCUCUUCUAAUAAAGGCAGCUAUUGGUGUGA